UGGUUGAAUGGUUGUUCGUCAAUCGGUUUUGUUUCCGAUUAGGUAUAACUAAAUUUACUACAUUUUUUUUUUUCAUAAUAAAACUGCGUGCAUGAUAGAUUAAAAAAUGUUCAUUAGACGCUUGCAUAGUUCUGCUCAGUCACUAGCAAAAGUGGUUCCCAGCAAUUUAAAAGGUAAAUCGAAAAGUUCUCAGCAAUGGAUCACCCGCCAGUUGAACGAUCCCUUUGUGGAGAGAGCGAAGAUGUUGAACUACCGAUGUCGAAGUGCCUUUAAAUUGUUGGAAAUUGAUCAGAAGUAUAACAUUAUAAAACCUGGCUUCACGGUCAUCGAUUGUGGUGCUGCACCAGGUUCAUGGUCUCAACUGGCAGUACGGCAAUCUAAUGCCGAUGGUUCCAAACCAGAUAAACCUAAGGGUGUGGUGGUAGGGAUUGAUCUGCUGCAGAUAUAUCCCAUUGCGCAUGCCAUAAUGCUGGGUAACACGGAUUUCACAAAGCAGGAAGCGCAAGACAAAAUCCGUUCAUUGCUGGGCGAAAGACAGGUGGACUGCGUUCUUUCCGAUAUGGCUCCUAAUGCUACCGGUGUACGCUCCCUCGAUCAGGAGAACAUUAUCACUCUCUGCUAUUCGGUGCUACGGUUUGCGAUUCUGAUGUCCUCGCCGGAUGCAUCACUGCUAGUCAAAAUCUGGGACAAUGGAGAGGUUCCGACUUUGGAGAAAAAUAUGCAAAAGUACUACCAACAGGUCAAACGAAUCAAACCCAGAGCGAGCAGAAGCGAUUCAGCGGAGAAUUUUAUACUGGCACGAGGUUUUGUUGGUAUGGAACGGUAGCGAGUACCUUAUGCUUCUUUAGCAACAAGGCAAGUUAUUGCUAUAGUGAAGUAAAUUAAUCGAGGCUA